AAUCAUCAUCACUAAACGUUCAUCUUCAUUCCAACUUCUCCGAUCGAUCGCGACGAGAUCCGCCGGCUCUCUUUCUAGAGUUCAUAUCAAGUCAUUCAUUUGGAUCUAUUUUAUGUUAUUAUUGAUCUUUGAUCUGUCAAGAUAGUGGAAUUGUCGAUGAGUAGAUCACAGUGUAAAGUCUGAGAGAAGAUGACAAUAAUUCCAGCAAAAAUAAUGAAUAAUAAAGGAGCUGUUGACACAGCUGCUUGGACGUUUAAUAUCGUCACCUCGGUGGGGAUCAUUAUCGUCAACAAAGCUGUAAUGGCCACUUACGGUUUCACUUUCGCUACGACGUUAACUGGGCUACAUUUCGCAACAACUACCUUCAUGACUAUUGUUCUUAGGCGAUUGGGAUACAUCCAGACAUCUCAUCUACCCUUGUCUGAUCUUGUCAAGUUCGUUAUAUUUGCAAACUUUUCAAUUGUUGGAAUGAAUGUGAGUCUAAUGUGGAAUUCAGUCGGAUUCUAUCAGAUUGCAAAGUUGAGCAUGAUCCCUGUCUCUUGUUUUCUGGAGGUUGUCUUGGAUAAGAUGAGAUACUCGAGGGAUACUAAUCUGAGCAUAUUAUUAGUCUUAUUUGGAGUUGGUGUUUGCACUGUUACUGAUGUUAGUGUUAAUCCAAAGGGCUUUAUUGCCGCAAUUGUGGCUGUUUGGAGUACUGCCAUGCAGCAGUAUUAUGUACACUUUCUCCAGAGAAAGUAUUCCUUGGGAUCAUUUAACUUACUGGGGCAUACUGCCCCAGUACAAGCUGCAUCCCUUCUAUUAUUAGGACCCUUUGUGGACUAUUGGUUGACUGGCAAGAGGGUUGAUGCAUAUAACUACAGUUUUACACCUCUGAUGUUCAUAUUUAUAUCAUGCACAAUUGCGAUUGGGACAAAUCUGAGUCAAUUCAUCUGCAUAGGAAGAUUUUCAGCAGUGUCGUUUCAAGUGCUUGGACACAUGAAGACCAUACUGGUCCUGAUACUGGGAUUCAUUUUCUUCGGGAAAGAGGGGAUCAAUUUGCAGGUGGUUCUGGGCAUGAUGAUAGCAAUACUGGGCAUGAUAUGGUAUGGUAAUGCCUCGUCUAAACCAGGAGGGAAAGAGCGAUGGUCUUCUUCUAUUUUGCCUGAGACCAAAGCCCUAAAACAAAAGGGAUUGACAGAAUCCAACAAACCUGAUCACAAGGUAUAAUAAUAAGAUAUAGAUUACCAGAGAGCUAAUAAUUAUUUUUGGCUUAUUGAGUAUUAUUAUUAUUAUUAUUAUUAUUAACCACAUUCUUUCUUAACAUUAAAGAAAGCCCUUGUUUGAUAUGUUGUAUCAUAAAAAAAGGUAAAACUUUCUCAGUUUUUUGGUAAACCGAACUAAAUUUGUUAGUUUUGGUAUCUUUAUUGUAAUUCAACUAUGGAAACAAGUCAGCAACAAAUAUUAUUCAUUUAUAUUUGGAAAC